AUGUCUCUUGAUCAAGGUGACAGCAUUCAAGCCAUGUACAUCUGGGUAGACGGAACCGGCGAGCAUCUCCGCUGCAAAACGAGAACUGUGAGCGAGGAACCAACUAAACCAGAAGAUCUUCCCAUUUGGAAUUUCGAUGGCUCCAGUACAAACCAGGCGGAAGGUUCAAACAGUGAUGUGUAUCUCCAUCCUGUAGCUUUAUUUAGAGAUCCGUUCAGAAGGGGAAAGAACAAGUUAGUUCUGUGUGACACGUAUCGAUUUGACCACAAGCCAACCACAACAAAUACGAGAAAAAGCUGCUUUGAUGCUAUGAAUGUCGACCUUGCAAAGGUAAGGAAAAUGUAUCUUCAAAAGCCUUCAGUUAUCGGAUGAAUCUGUAAGAAUUACGAAAAAUUAAAAAAGGAAAAAUUUUGGUGUCAAGGAAACACUUUAAAAUCUAAAUAUAAAAGGAAAUGAAAUAUAGCUGACCCCAUUAUUGAGAUUUACAGCACACUCGAAAUAAAACAAGUUUCGGUUGGAGAGUGUCGAGAAGGGCCGAGAUAAUGAGAACAACUCGCAUUUUCAUUUCAUAAAUCCUGUCUCGAAUUUCCAAUGCCCUAGUAACCUAGAAUAGCGUAGAACAAACUACACCGUAAUCUUUUCACCUCUGCCUGACUCUGUCCAAUCUGCGUGAAGGAGGCACUCCAAACACACGACCUCGUGAGUUGACGAUUGUUCUAACGUAAAAUCUACGUUUUCUUUCUUUGUUUCAUAGAAAGCCGCUCCGUGGUUUGGUAUUGAACAAGAAUACACACUGUUAGACACGGACGGCCACCCUUUAGGCUGGCCAAAGGGAGGUUUUCCAGGACCACAGGGACCCUAUUAUUGUGCUGUUGGUACAGGAAAGGUUUUUGGCCGAGAUGUUGUGGAAGCUCACUACCGAGCUUGUCUGUAUGCUGGUGUAAAGAUUGCUGGAACUAAUGCUGAAGUCAUGCCCGCACAGGUGAGAAAACAUGUAAUUCUCAUUGCUUAAAAUAUUUUACAGUAACGGUGAAAGUAAAUAAAUAAAUGACCAAGUAAUACGCCAUGAAUGGAGCAACAUAAUUCCUCAUGAAAAUAUAUUUAACACACCCCGUUACAUGUACUGUGGGUGAGGAAAUUGGUCUUCAAAAUUGAGUGUUUAUAAUGUCACAUUGUUGCUUGCCUUAUAGUGGGAAUACCAGGUGGGUCCAUGUGAAGGAAUUCAAAUGGGUGACCACCUUUGGAUGUCACGAUUUCUGUUACAUCGUGUUGCAGAAGAUUUUGGAAUCACAGUCAGUUUUGACCCCAAACCUGUACCAGGGGACUGGAAUGGGGCAGGAGCUCACACAAACUACAGGUAAAAGACUUAACAGAAAAUGAUUCAAGCAAUAAAAGCUGUUUUAAGCAUAACAGUGAAAAUUUUCUUCACUGCUACAACUUGUACUGCUUCUUAAUACUGUAACAGUAACAGUUACAACAACGUUGCAGUUACAACAGUGACUGAGCCAAAGUUUCACUGAGGAUGAACCCCACAAUUCUUCCUUUGGUAAAAGGCAAGGACAGUAUACAAAUAAUAGUAGUAAUCUAUUGAAUGUUUAUACAGUGCAAAUUAACAUACUGGAGGAUAUGAACAAAUGCACUCUACAUGUUAAAAUUGACUACAAAUUACUAUGUUACCUAUUUAAAAUUUUAAAUUUACAAUAAAACGCAAAGAUGUAUACGAUAUGAAACACUUAAAAGAAAUUAUAAAGUAAAUGCUUCCCUACAAUAGUGAGUUUUAAGCAAUUUCUUAAAGGUGUUGAAAUUUUGCAAUGACUUUAAUGAUUGCGGGAGACUGUACCAAAUCUUGGAGAAGGCUUGAUUGCCAAGUGUUUUUUUCAAUCAUCACAAAUGGUCUUCCAACUGGAUACUGGUACUUGAGCAGAGGUUGUCUGUCAAAGUCUCCUUGAUGACGACCAUGCUUUUUAAAUAAUUGGGGGCGUGUCCAUGAAUGCACUUAAAACAGAGCACAGCAAUCUUGAAAUUGAUUAUAAACUUAAUCAGCAGCUAGUGAAGACAUAUGAAUGACAAUGAAACUCUAGUUACCGGUAAUGAAAAAAUGGAAUCAUUAGUGAGGCACCUGUCUGAGGUAAAUCUUAUUUUUUCCAUGAACUGCUUUUUAGUACCAAGCCAAUGAGAGAAGAAGGAGGAAUAAAGUACAUCUAUGAGGCCAUUGAAAAGCUAUCAAGCAGACAUGAUUACCACAUUCGGAUGUAUGACCCCAAUGAAGGUGAAGAUAACAAAAGACGUUUGACUGGGCUGCACGAGACAUCAUCAAUUGAGAACUUCUCUCAUGGAGUGGCUAAUCGAGGUGCUAGUGUGCGUAUCCCUCGCCAGUGUGCUGAAGAUGGUAAAGGCUAUCUUGAAGACAGGAGACCUUCAUCAAACUGUGAUCCAUACCAGGUCACAGAAGCCAUUGUUAGAACAACAAUCUUGCUAGCAAAGGUGUAAUGAGGAAAAAAUCCUUGGUAUGAAAUAAGUCUAUUACAGCUAUCGUAAUGAUACAUUUUUAAAUUGUUAAAUGAGAAAGAGUCAGUUAUUUACACUGCAAAUUGUAUAAGCAUGCAACUAUUAAAUUAACUUUAAGAUUCCUGGUAGCUCACAAUAUUAAAUAAAUAAAAAUGUGAAUCAGAUGAACUGAAGUCGACAUGUUGAAACCUCGUGCUUUCAGUUUGUGUUGAUUGCGGUUUUGAUUGGUUAUCAAUUUCACACUUGCCAUGUAUGAAAUGAAGUUUUAAAACACAUGCUACAAUGAUUUGCGUACUUAAACUGUUCAUGAUUAUUUAACCUUAUUACAAACAAUGUUUAUUUAAUUGAGAACUUAAUAUAAAGUGCCCAAUAACUUUUUUAUAUUGACAUGUUACAGUUAAAUCUAGUAGUAUUAUGGUAGUUACCAGAAGGCAAUUUUUCACCAUCAAACUAAAAAAAAAAAACCAAAUAUUUCUAGUAUUGUUGCAGUUACAAGAGACAAGCCGAUCAUCCCGAUAGAAAUUUUAAAAAUGUAAACAAUCAUGGUAAUUAGUUUGUAGCUUGGUUGGGUGUCAUGAUGUCUAGUGCCAUUGUUUGUAUAUCAAUAUUGGUUUUAUGAGUUAAACAGUAGUUAUUGAAUUGAUUCUUUUAAAAAGUUCUACAGUAUCAAUAGCUGUUUAACUUCUAAAUCACCAAGAGACAUUUUGCUUAUUUAGAAUUUAGCUGAAAACUAUGUAUUUUCAGUGGGUUAUAAUUUUUUAUUCAUAAUUGUUUUGAAAAUAAAGGUGGUUAAUCUUUGCAGCUAUCAACAGUAUCAAUAGCUGUUUAACUUCUAAAUCACCAACAGACAUUUUGCUUAUUUAGAAUUUAGCUAAAAACUAUGUAUUUUCAGUGGGUUAUAAUUUUUUAUUCAUAAUUGUUUUGAAAAUAAAGGUGGUUAAUCUUUGCAGCUAU